CCAGCUGAGCGCGGCGCCGCCGGGGCCGGGGCCGGGGCCGGGGCGUCCCCCGGCGCCGCCGCCAUCAUGUCCUCCGACUUCGAGAGCUACGAGCAGGACUUCGCAGUGCUGACGGCGGAGGUGACGGGCAGGAUCGGGAAGGUGCCGAAGCUGGUAGGAGAUGAGAAGAAGCAGAUGGUUGCAAAUGUUGAGAAACAGCUGGAAGAAGCAAGGGAACUGCUUGAACAAAUGGAGCUCGAAGUCCGAGAGAUCCCACCUCAAAGCCGAGGAAUGUACAGCAGUCGUAUGAAAAGCUACAAACAAGAAAUGGGAAAGCUUGAAGCUGAUUUUAAAAGGUCACGGAUCGCCUACAGUGAUGAGGUGCGGAAUGAGCUCCUAGGGGAUGAUGGGAAUUCCUCAGAGAACCAGUUGAUAAAAUUACGAGAAGAGAGGGCACAUCUGCUCGAUAACACAGAGAGGCUGGAAAGGUCAUCUCGGAGACUAGAGGCUGGAUACCAAAUAGCAGUGGAAACCGAACAGAUUGGACAGGAGAUGCUGGAAAACCUCAGCCAUGACAGAGAGAAGAUCCAGCGUGCUCGAGAAAGGCUUAGAGAAACAGAUGCGAACCUGGGGAAGAGCUCCAGGAUCUUGACAGGAAUGUUGCGAAGUAUCCACAGGCUCUAUUUUAAAGGUCUUUAGAGCUCUUGGACAUCAAAUCCAACAGUUGAAUCAGCACAGCUAAGGCUGGCAUGCUGCAACGUGAUGGCAGAAAUGAAAACCAAGAGGAGGUGGGAGCAGUGGAGGAAGGGUCAGACCUGAGCAUGACUCCUAAAAUUAGUACUGCUGCUGGAUGCUUCACAUCUUGGAAACAUGGUCUUGGACUGAGUACAGGGCAUAGAGUGAGAACAUCUAAAGUAUAAACUCCCCUCUAGGCUUGUACCCCUUAAACAUUACUUUUGCCAUCUGUAAAAUGGGGGUAACGCUAGUUACCUCAGUGAUGUGAAGAUUAAUGAUUGUUCAACCAGUUACUGCGUGUUCACUCUGAGAAUGAAAAGUAGACAACUCUGCUUUUUACACUCCUGCAUUUUACUGAAAUUACUCUCUCAUGCUUAUAAACUACAUGCCAUUUGUAGUAAAAUAUUUGUUUUCAACUGUGUUCCUCCUCUCAGAAAUAUGUUGUUAGUGCAAAGACAGGUCCCUGUUUUUGUAACCCAAGUGUCUCUAUUUUUAGUUUUAAGAAGUUGGCUGCAUCUCUCGCUUUUUUAAUAUGAGUGUAUAUUUAUAGCUCUUGCUAUUGGAAGAGAAUUUCCUGCAAACAGAUCCAUUUCGGUGGAGCUCUGCUCCGACACGGAGCCCUAUGUGUUUCACCGAGAGACUGCUCCAGAAUAAAUGUCUGCUCUGGCUGUAGGAUCAGCCCUGUGAACUGUAAACUUUAUACUGCCUUCAGCACGUAGUAAAUUUGCACGCGCAAUAGGUAUUAGUGACUGGGCAUUCAAUACUUGGCCAUGUGGCAUCCAAAGAUAUAAAUGACACUGGAGAUGCAGCACUAGCCCCUGUGUCCUCCUGAGCCAUUUCCGGUUUGGAUAAUUACAUUCUCAGUUUUCGCUGCAGUUUUAACUGGGGGCAGGAACUGUCCUCACACUGUCACUUAAAGAGGUGAGCCUUGUAACCAUGCACCAUUAAACAGCUGCUGUAUCUCGCCCAGAAGCACGUGAAAGGGCUUGGUACAUACGGUCGUGUCUAGCUGACACUCUGGGCCACGCACAUCAGCAGCACUUGUGCGUGGGUAGCUGAGAGGAGACCCUGACCUGCAGCUGAGCUUGAACACACAUGUACUGAGCAGCACUUGUUCGUAUAGUUUCAGGGACGUCAAUAGGACUGCUGAUGAGAGUAAGGAUUGCAGAAUCAGGCCCCUGAGGAUCCUUAGGAAUGAAAGGUAUCCUGAACUGUAAGGUAUUAUUAUGAUUACUACUCUGGAGAACACAGAGGUAUUGAAGUCGGCAAAAUAAAUUAUGGAGUUAAACGUAUAAGUAAACCAAGAAGUGGCUGAUGUUUUUUGCAUAGUAAUAAUCUUCAUGAACGCUUCAUUUGCACAGUUAUUUCAUUUUAAACUUUAGGCACAGUUUUGAAGCACACCUCAAUGGAGAUUUUUUUCUGUAAUCUGUAAACUUUAAUGAAAGCUAAUUGGAGGACAAAUUUUAAUCUAAUUAAAAUGUGAAUGCAUAAAGCAGCAAGGAUGAAUGAAGCGGAAUGCUCUAUGGGGCACAGUUUUCAAACAAUGAUAAUCCUGAAUACUAAGUCAAAUGAAACUUUUGUAAAUGAUGGUCGUGAACACUGCCAGCAACAGAACAACCUUGAGAAACUGUAAAUGAAAGUUUUAAUGUAUUUAGUUUAAAAUGGAAAUCACAACUGCGUAAGGGCUUUUUUUAAAAGAAAAUAUAAAGCAACACAGAGUCUCAUCUGAAAACAUAACAAGUAAAUUAGCCAGAGGUGUACAUUCCAUCUAAGUUCUCAUGAUCAGCAGAUGCAAAUGUUUGCAGUGUGCCGAUGAGUUAUGAGCCCUAAUGAGAUUUCAAUGCUGAGCAAACAAUAAAAAUUUAUGCAUUG